AUGGUUGUCUUCGACGGCCACGAGUAUCUUACCGAGGAGGAGAGACGCCUCAAGCAGGAUCGCGAGCGAACCAAAUACUGGAAGAAAUGGGGCCCCUAUGUUGCCGAGCGGCAAUGGGCUACAGUGCGGGAGGACUACAGCGCAGAUGGAGAUGCCUGGAGCCAUUUCACUCAUGAGCACGCUCGAUCCCGGGCCUUCAGAUGGGGUGAAGAUGGCAUUGCCGGUGUCUCCGAUACGCACGGUCUCCAGAACAUCGCAUUCAGCUUUUGGAACGAAGAGGACGAUUUUCUCAAAGAGCGACUGUUCGGCCUAUCCAACCCCCAGGGAAACCAUGGCGAGAGCGUCAAGGAAGCCCAUUUUCACGUAGACAAUACUCCUGUGAGUCACUCGUACAUGAAAUUCCUUUACAAGUAUCCGCAGAAAAAGUUUCCAUACCAAGACUUGAUACAGGAAAACGGUCGGAGAGGCAAGGAAGACAAGGAGUAUCAAAUUAUCGACACUGGUGUCUUUGACGAAAACAGAUAUUGGGACAUCUUCAUCGAGACCGCUAAAGAAUCCGACGAUCCUGACGAGUUGCUAUUUCGGGUCACCGCUUGGAACCGGGGCCCUGACCCAGCACCUCUCCACAUUAUCCCCCAAGUGUGGUUUCGCAAUACGUGGAGCUGGGGUCACGAAUCUGAAGACAAAAGACCGUCCAUUGCUGCAGAAUCCGAGCUGUCCGCCAAAUCAAAACACUAUAGCCUUGGAGACCGAUAUGUGUACUACUCGCCCUCACCGGGAGUAGGAUCCAGUGGUGAGGAUGUGGUGCCUCUGUGGAUGUUUACGGAAAAUGACACAAACUAUGAGCUCUUGUACGAGCAAAAGAACAAGCAGCCCUAUGUGAAGGACGCGUUCCAUAGAUACGUUGUCGGUGGGGAAAAGGCAGCCAUCAACCCAAGUAAAACUGGCACCAAGUCAGCUGCUUGGUUCAACUUCAACGAGGAUGGUGGCGUGAACCCCGGUGAAUGCGCAGUUGUCCGCUUCCGUUUCAGCAAGAAGAACAUGACAUAUCUUGACGAAGAAGAAUUUGAUGACGUUAUUGAGAAACGACGUGAAGAGGCGGAUGAGUUUUAUUACCGAAUCAGUCCCCUCCCCAUAUCUGACGACCUACGAAACAUUCAACGACAAGCAUUUUCUGGAAUGAUGUGGACAAAGCAGCAUUACCACUUCAUCUGGGACCAAUGGGCCAAGGGCGACCCAUCGUCGCCGCCGCCGCCUCCGGAACGAAUGGGUAUUCGGAACUCCCAAUGGAGACAUAUGCAUUGUGAUGACAUCUUGUCAAUGCCCGACUCUUGGGAGUACCCCUUCUUCGCCGCCUGGGACAGCGCAUUCCACUGUAUACCCUUGGCCAUGAUUGAUCCUGAUUUUGCCAAAAAGCAGCUGGAUUUAUUCACCAGGGAAUGGUAUUGCCAUCCAAAUGGGCAGCUCCCAGCAUAUGAGUGGAAUUUUGGUGAUGUGAACCCCCCCGUCCACGCCUGGGCGACGUUUAGAACAUUCAAAAUUGAGAGAAAGAUGUACGGACGUCAAGAUCUUGACUUUUUGGAAAGGGUUUUUCAGAAACUGCUGCUCAACUUUACCUGGUGGGUGAACCGCAAAGAUACCGAUGGCAAAAACGUCUUUGAAGGUGGCUUCCUCGGCCUUGACAAUAUUGGCCUGUUCAAUCGAUCAGAACCUUUGCCCACGGGUGGCGUGUUGGAGCAGGCCGACAGCACGGGAUGGAUGGCAUUUUAUUGCUUGUCUAUGCUCAACAUUGCGCUGGAACUAGCCAAGCACCGACGCAUUUACGAAGACAUUGCCUCCAAGUUCUUUGAGCACUUCAUCUUAAUUAGCGAUGCCAUGACCUUCAGGACUGGGCACAAGGACGAAAAGUCUCUCUGGAACGAGGAAGAUGGCUUCUAUUACGACGCCAUCUCCUGGGGCGGUCCAUAUAUCCAGCAGCUGCCAGUCCGAUCUCUUGUCGGUCUCAUCCCGCUGUACGCAACGGCCACCUUGGAACCAGAGCUUUUGAAUAAGCUUCCGUCGUUCCGCAAGCGGGUGGAAUGGUUCGUACAACACCGGGAGGACAUGGCCGAGAGAAACAUGGCCAGUAUACGAAAGAGGGGCAAGGGAGACAGGCUGCUCCUCUCCAUUGUAAGCAAAGACAGGCUGGAGAAGAUUCUCAAGCGCAUGCUCGACGAGAAAGAAUUCUUCAGCGACCACGGGAUUCGGUCUCUGUCCAAAUUCCACAAGGAAAGCCCCUUCUCCAUGGAGGUAAACGGACAACAAUUCAAGGUUGGGUACGUCCCCGGCGACUCAGACACGGGUCUAUUCGGCGGCAACAGCAACUGGCGGGGGCCAAUCUGGCUCUGUGUAAACUUCCUGCUGGUCGAGUCCCUCCAGCGGUUCUACCUCUUUUACGGGCCAGAGUUCCAGGUGGAAUGCCCAACCGGGAGCGGCGACUACAUGCACCUGGGCAAAGUGGCCGAGGAGAUCCAGCACCGCCUCCAGCACCUCUUUGCGCGCACCGACGACGGAAGACGCAGCAUCAACGCCGGCGACGACCGCCUCGACUUUGACGAGCACUGGAAGGACUAUCUCUGGUUCUACGAAUUCUUUGACGGCGACUGCGGCCGCGGGCUAGGCGCCACCCACCAGUGCGGCUGGACCGGUCUCAUUGCCAGAAUGAUCCACGACACCGGGUAA